CCUAACGUUCGCAAUGCAUUCUGCACCAACAUCCCCCGCUGUGGCACACAGAACACUGAACCCAAGGGUGAGAGCAUAAUCAAAACCACAGUAGACCCCUGAGCUAAAGCCUAGCCUAUAGCUCCAGGAGCUAAUACUGGUCUUCAGGUCUCAGACAAUGGUAGUGCAACGGAUAUUUACUGCUUUUGGUUAUACUAACAAGUGAAGUGGGCGGCGGGUACCCUAGCGGUUAGAGCGUUGGGCCAGUAAUCAAAAGGUCUCUGGUUGAAAUCCCCAAGCCGACUAGGUGAAAAAUAUUCCGAUGUGCCCUUGAGUAAGGCACUUAGCCCUAAUUGCUCCUGUAAGUCGCUCUGGAUGAGAGCGUCUGCUACAUUUUUAUUUUGACCCUGCAAAAUAGAUGGAUUCCUGAUGCAGAUAUGUUUUCUCUGUUUAAUGCAAAUUUACUUGGCAUUCAGUGUUGUCCCUGAAGUAUGAUCUCCUGAGCAACUUAUAAAGUAUGUUUCUAUAGAAGUAUUACUGUAGGACUCUGGGAAUCACAGCCCACUGCACAUAAAUAAACUAGCUCUGACAGCAUUACAACAUCGCUCUGUCCCAUUGGACAGUGAGGGUGGAGGCUCUGUCCCAUUGGAUAGAGAGGACAAGGAAGCGCUGUCCCAUUGGAUAGUAAGGGGAUCUGGAAUACAGAUUCUUUAGGGUUGUGUUUUUCCCACACUCAGAUUAGAAUCUCGGGGCUGAGACAGUUUUGUGACUGGUGUUUUGUAGUCAUGUUCUGGUCUACCAGUCAGGACAGCAGAGAUUUGUACAGUUUCAAUACUAUAUUUCCAUGGGGUUGGUGUGGUCUGUAGCAUUCUGACUUAUAUUACAGGAACAUAAAUAUGUUUUCAUAUUUUAUUAGCCUGGUAUCAUACUGUGUGUGUGCGUGCGUUCCAGACUGCUACGAGGGCAAUGGAGAGAGCUACAGAGGAGAGGUGUCAAGGACCAGGUCAGGUCUUCCCUGUUCCAUCUGGAGAGACCAUAGGUAACAAAACCACAUGCUACACAUCUGUGUGUGUGUUGGGGGGGGGUGGGGGGAGGAGGGGGGACCAUAGAUGGGAGUAGGGCUGUGGUGGUCAUGAAAUGUUGUCAGCUGGUGAUUGUCAAGCAAAUAACUGCCGGUCUCACGGUAAUUGACCGUUAAUUAACAUAAACACGUUUCGCAUAUCCUGGCUUCCACGCAUUGCCUACAAGCCACUGAUGCAGACCUUUGGAACAAUCUAUAUUUUAAAAAGUCAAAUAAAUCCAUUUGAUAUAGCCUACACCAUCACAAUAAACCAUUAUUUAUUCACAUGAUAUUGUCACGAUCGUCAUGGAGAGACCAAGGCGCAGCGUUGCAGGUGAACAUAUUUAUAUUUAUUUAAUGAUCACACGAUCAAAACAACAAACGAAAAACGUGACGUCUAUGGUUUAAACACAAACCAACACGAACAAAAUCCCACCAACACAAAGUGAAAGACAGACAGUUAAAUAUGGCUCCCAAUCAGAGACAACCAGCUGACACUCGUUGCCUCUGAUUGGGAGUCACUCAGGCCAACAUAGAUAGACAACGACUAGAACCUAAACAAAAUAAACACCCUGGCUCAACAUACGAGAGUCCCCAGAGCCAGGGCGUGACAGAUAUGAAGAAAAUGUAGUCUAUUUCAGAAGAACAGAAUAGCAUACAAUGAGUUGUCCUUAUGUUAGGCCCUGAUCUGGCAGUGCCAUUUGGCUGUAGGCUAAACUAGUUAAUUUAGAAGAAAGAUUUUCUUAGAAUUCUGUGGCAUUAUUUUAUAUUAUUUUAUAGUAUGAAGAAUACAAUUGAACAUACUGUAUCUGAAUAAAAUAGAAAGGAUAUUUUCUCCAAAUGAUUUCCAAUGGAGUGCGCUCAUCCAGCUAUUCUGUGUUGAGUGGUUAACAAAGAAACAGGUCCUCCUAUAUGCUUAAUUUAGAUGUAUUUAUGCAACUUUAGUUGUGAUACAAACGUUGGGCUAUAUGUUUAGAUUUUUAAUACAUGCGACUAAUGAUGAGUUGAAAACGUUGCAUCAAAGGCAUGAGCUCUGCUUUGUUUCUUGUGCAGGCUGCGCACACUUCAUCAGUCUCUCAUUCACAAUUUGUCAAGCACUUGAUAAUAUUCUCACAAGGCUUUUAAUUUCCCGGCGGCAUCCCCCUUGUGUGGCUGUAAUGCCCCCUAAAAAAAUCCAUGGCUUAUGUGGCCAAAAUGGCCAUUGUGCCUUUGGGCUGAAUAUAAUAAUUAUAAUUCCCUUCUCCCAGCUGCCAUUCGCCGUGCUCUGAAGCACCUCUCACUCACAUGGCUCCCUCAGAUAUCUCAAUUGUUAUUAGCCAAUGCCUGUCACGUGAUUGGCUCCUUCUCACAGGCAUCUCAGCUCAGAAGUAGGCUACAAGUGAAGACAGACACAUCGGGCAAUUGCGCGCGUCCUUAUUAUCGAAUUCCGAGGUGCAUAUUGAAGAUGUUAGAAGAACUGUCCACAUUUACUUUUCAUCAGCCAACAAGAUGAGUAGGCCUAACAAACAAGAAAAGCACUAGCCUAUGUCAAUCUACUAUCCCCCAUAGUACAAAACUUGACCUAUUCUAUUGGUCAACUUGGCCUUCUGUGCGAGAAAUAAAUAUUCCAAACAUACUCUGGGACAGUUGUGGGAUGCAAUAGAUCCCAAAUUAAUACAACCACUGCAUAAAACAACUUUAAAAGCAAUGAGGCUGAUGCAACAGAUCAACAGAAAAUGUUGAUAAACUAUUAGGCUAUUUCUUCACAUUAUAAGCCCAGCAAUGCCCACACGGCAGUAGGCUAUAAGCGCGAAUGUGCCUAAAUGCAAUCAAUUAGCAGGAAAACACGUUCUCAAAAGUGAACGCAAAUGUGAUUAUGCAUGUAAUGCUUUAUUAUAAAGGUGCAUUUUUGUGGUGAAAAUGAUCUUCCCCAAACUUGAAACUCACGUGCCGCCUAUGUAUGCCAGUUAGGCUUUACACCGGUUGUAAAGCGGAUUAAUAUGCCUAAUUUUAAGAAGUUAUUUGGCCACUUUAGUUGCGAUACAAACCUUAUCAAAACAUAUAGGCCUAUGGGAUAGGCUACAUGAGAUGUGUGAUUAUGAUUUGAAAAAGUCACAAAAAAAGCCAUGCGCUGUUUCUUGGCUUACUGCACAUGAUGGGCAUCAUUCACAAGUGAUCAUUUAUCUUUCACCAGUGAUAGGCUAAUAUUGUCACCCAUCAGACUAUUCUUAAUUUAAUCUUGUCUUUACAUAUAUACUAAAUAAUAUAUGUGUGAAAUUAGUUUUGAUUUAGAAUGGACCAUUAUCAUGCACCUGUCUCGGAACAGGGGCAGGGGGAAAAAAAUACAUGUAAUCUAUGCACUUAAAUAGCGAAUGGAGGACGCUUUUCCCGUAGUUCAUUUUCAUGCCAGCCAGGUAGGUUAUACUCCUAUUUUAAAGCAAAGCAUGGUGCUUAAUAUUAGGAAAGUACAGAAAUAAAUAUAGUAGGCCUAGCCUAUAGAAAGCUGAUGGGUUCCUCCUCUUUUUAAUAGAGGCCAUCAAAACGAUGUUUUCUCGCGCAAUUGCAUAGCCUAUAGAAAUGUUGUGCAACAUGAGUUUAUGGGUUCUGAUACAGUGUUUGAUUUGAUUUUCGAUCACAUUACCAGGCAGUUAGCAAGUUUGGUAGGCUACUAAUGACCAUCAGAAUCAUCACGUGGAAUUUGACUGCGGUCAUAACUCAUGACUGCCAGUGUGGCGGUAAUACGGUCACCGUAACAGCCCUAAGAGGGAGUGCCCUAUUCAGAAACACAUGGUUGAACCUAAGAGGUCAUGGGGGAGUUAACCUGUAGCUGACCUGUGGUCAAGUCAUAUUGGUCUAACAGAGAGUCAGAGCCUGGCUGUUCUCAAGGAGAGAAAAACUGGUCCAUUACUCCACUCCACUGUAAUGGAUGGUUGUGUGGGUGUGUAAUAAAGCAUCUGGGGGACAUGAUGCAGGCCUCCUCUGACCCUGAGCCUCUUCCCUUCUCGGAAUACUUCAAAGCCAAUCGGUUCCUCUGCUUGGCUCCCGCCCAGAGGUUAGAGGUCAGAGGUCAGUGGUUAUUGUUUAUGUUUGAGAGACUCAGAGGAAUCACACUCUCAGCACUCAUGCACGCACACGCACACUGUGCGUCACACUGAACUCCUCUGAAUUCCCCUAUUAUCAUCCUGGAAUGUCUGGGAAGGAAUUCUGUUGGUGACGUUCCAAACAUUACGAUCAUUGCCCUGUGUCAGUGUAGGUGUGUGUGUGAGAGAAAGAGAGAUGGGGAAAGAGAGAGAGAGAGGCCAUACACAGCUGUGGCUCCUCUCAUAAUGGUGGGCUGACAGUCUGUCUUUAACCGUCUCUAAUACUCUCCUUUGCUUUUUGUGUGUAUAGUCGGGACAGAGAUGCAGCGGUGCUGACUGUGGGACAGGAGGGGAGUUUCUGUAGGAACCCAGACAGAGACACACACGGCCCCUGGUGUUACACUAACAACGCUGCUAUACCCUGGGACUACUGCAGCGUCAAACCUUGUGAGCCAUACACACACACACACACACACACACACACACCACUGCUGUAGUAGCACUGUCACUGUGUUGUCACUGAGACCUCCAUCUUGUGUUUCAUCCUCUGUCAUACAGGUGAACCAUCAGAGAACACCAUUCCACAGAGAGGUCAGUCUCUCUACUACUGCCGCCUUCUGGUUUUCAUGUUUUCAUCUUGUACUUCUCUUUGGGUAUAAAAUGGUUGUUUCAACAUAGUUUCCUCUUUCUCAACUUGUCAGUGGAGGUGUCCAAGGUGUCAUGUUUCAUCCAUAAGACGACCAGGAUAGUAGGAGGCGCUCCAGUCGCCAUCACAGACGGAAGCUGGAUGGUCAGCAUACAGAAACGGUACACACACACACACACACCUGGCUUUGCUUCUCUGUGUUAUCAAGGUAUAAACUCUGCUCUAAUGGCAGAUGUAUAGACCAUCUGUCCAAGUGUUGGAGUUAGCCAAGGUUCAUUCCCAGUGUGUAAUAUCAUGUGUGUUGUGUUCCCUCCCCAGGUCCAGUCACUGGUGUGGAGGUUCUCUCAUACGAGAGGAGUGGGUCCUCACUGACAGACAAUGCUUCUCCUCAUGGUAACUGCAUCUCUCUCUCUCUCUCGGAAUAACGGCAGAGAGCAGAUAGAGAACAAGGAUCUAAUCCUAGCGAGAGGAAGAGAGCGCUGCAGUCAGACUGGUUCUCUCUCUCGUCUCUCUCUCUCUCGCAUCUUCUCUCUCUCGAUCUCUCUCGCUCUCUCUCUCUCCCCUCCAUCUCUCGUCUCUCUCUCUCUCUCUCUCUCUCUCUCUCUCUCUCUCUCUCUCUCUCUUUACCUUUCUUCCUCUGCCCUUUCUCUUUACUAUGCUUACAUCCACCCGUUUCCCCACAGUGUUCCAGACCUGAGUGAGUACCGUGUGUGGUUGGGUGUAUCAGACCUCCGUGGCUCGGCUCCUAACAGCUCCUUCAGACAGGAAGUCUCCAUCUCCCAUGUGAUCUGUGGUCCUGAGGGCUCCAACCUGGCCCUCAUACGGCUGGCCCAGUGAGUGCCUGAACAGAAAUAUACAAACACUCCUGGUCGUAUAUCAUACGUUUUCUAUUCUUGAGAGGAUUCUUUUGUCUUAUUUUCUUUCUCUCUGUCAGGCCUGCCCUCCCUGCAGAUAGUGUCCACACAAUUCAGCUGCCGGUGGCUGGGUGCUCCAUUGCUGAUGGCUCGAUGUGUAGCAUGCAUGGAUGGGGCGAGACCAAAGGUACACACACAUACCAUCACAUCCAUCAGGAUUGUAUCAUCCAGGAAAGGAACUGGUUACUCAUUAGCUGUACUGAUGUCUUGUUGUCAUGACUAUAAUCCCCCCUCCUCUCACCUAUCACUCAGGUACGGGUCAUGAAAGUGUACUGAAGGUGGUCCAUCUGCCCAUGGUCAGUAAUGAGAGGUGUAGUGAACAACACAGAGGGAACCUCCACAUCACAGACACCAAGAUUUGCGCUGGGGGGAGGAGGGAUGAGGGGGUCUGUGAGGUAAGGAGGCUGGUGAACUACAAAUGAAAUGUGCACUGAAACACUUGAACAGUUCGCUCUCACCAGGAGUUGACUGUAUGUUUUUACUAAUGUAUGCUUUAUGUCUCUCCCCCUGUCAGAGGGACUAUGGCGGUCCCUUGGUGUGUCAGGAAGGAGAGAGCAGGGUCAUAGUGGGGGUCAGUGUCCAUGGCAGAGGCUGUGCCCGUGCCAACCGGCCUGGCAUCUUCAUCAACGUCCCCUUCUACACCCAGUGGAUCCACAAGGUGUUCAGACACUACCCCGAACCUCAGCUCAAC